GGACUAGGUAGCUACUAGUCUCGCGUUGCCAUACCUCAAAGGUUCUCAACGAUGCUGGGUAGCAAGAAAAGACUAGCUAGUUGUUGAAAAUAGUUUUGACUGUUAUUGUAGCUGAAUAACCAGUCGCGUUUUCCGGCAUGUGCAGUUUAAAUUAGAACAAAUUAAAACUAUCAUAGAAGUUGUACGUGAGGGGUCUCCGGUGUCGCCUUGCGAGACUACCUUGUUCUGUGGGGGUGACCAUGGUUUGAGACAACAAAGAUGUCUGCCCGCAUUCCGCUGGUCCUCCUGGCCUGCGGCUCCUUCAACCCCAUCACCAACCAGCACAUGCGGCUGUUCGAGCUGGCCAGGGAUCACCUGCACCAGACAGGUCAGUUCCAGGUGGUGGGCGGGAUUGUGUCUCCGGUGAGUGACGGCUAUGGCAAGCAGGGCCUGGUGUUGGCCAAGCACCGCAUCGCUAUGGCGAGGCUGGCACUGCAGAGUUCAGACUGGGUCUCCGUUGACGAUUGGGAGAGCCAGCAGCCCGACUGGACAGAGACAGUGGUCACAAUGAGGUACCAUUAUGGUCGGAUACUGAAGCAGUACCAAGAGGGCACAGGGAAGGACAGUGGUCCAACCACAAACCCCCAUCAUCUCACAAGCUCCUCUCCCAGGCUGAAGCUGCUGUGCGGAGCUGACUUCCUGGACACCUUCAAGGUGCCGGGCCUGUGGCUGGACGACCACGUGGAGGAGGUGGCGAGCCGCUUCGGCCUGGUCUGUGUCAGCCGGGGGGGCCUGGAGCCCGAGCUCGCCGUGCACGAGUCGGAGACACUUUCACGGCAUUGGCGAAACAUCUUCCUAGUGCGCGAGUGGGUCCGCAACGAGACCAGCGCCACGGAGGUCCGGCGGGCCCUGAGACGAGGCCUCAGCGUCAAGUACCUCCUCCCAGAUUCUGUCAUCAAGUAUAUCCACCAGCACAACCUCUAUACCGGGGAUAGUGAGCUGAAGAAUAAGGAUGUGCUAUUGAGGCCGCUUACCAAGCAGACAGAGAUGCCUGUGAAAACUAUGGAUGAUUAACUGAGAGACUGCCAUUGGCCUUCAUUGAUGGAAGCAAGCAUAUAAUGUGCCAAUAGCAGAUACAUCUACUGACUGUGCAAGAACAGGCAAUGUGGCCCAUAACUAGUUCACUUCUGUCAUCUCAGUUGAAUAUGUGGCACACCACACGCACAAUGUUUUUCCAUCAGUGGGUGCCUUUUUUAUGAGCAGAUUUAUACACAUUUGUUAGUGUUGGCAAACUUGAUGUAAUAGCAAAGACAUUUGUGCAGCAGUGCAGAUGUCUCGAGAGACCAGAUAAGAAUUGUGGUUGACACAGUGGAUUGUAGUAAGCUGAACUAGUUUAGGAUGCUCCUAAACUAUUGCUGACAUGUAAUCUGUUUUGGAAGAGAUGCGAUCAUCACCCCCAACAGCCCGUAGAUACAGUGUGGGUAUGUGCUGGUUGGCUAGUCUACAUGAUCAGAUUAUUAUGGAUAAGAGCGAGAAUAUUUUUUGGGGCAAAAGGCAGUCAAGCAUCGAUCAUCAUGACACCAGAAUAAGAUCCUCGAUAUUUAUUGGAAAUUACCAUCAAGCUCAUCACCGUGCACUUUCAACACCCUGUAAAGCUCAUCACCGUGCACUUUCAACAGGUCUAUGGGCCAGAAGGUUGAGGGUUCACCGAGAGGAACCACAGAGGAGCUCACUCUCCCUGCACGUUUUAUCACUGGUAGGCCUGAAACAUUCUUCCUCACCUCAAGUUCAACUGUCUGAGUCAGUUGGAGCAACUGCCUUCAUAUCAUAGGCUUGCAGUAGCUAAAGCUUAAUAAUAACCACACCAAACCUUCACAAAAGUUUGUAAACUUGAGUGUAAUAUCAAAAGUCAAGCCAUUGUUUAUAGGGAAUAUAAAGUAAGAACAGGCCAUUAUAUUGCAGCAAACACCAUAAGUUGGAACUUAAUUUGGCCUAAGAAAAUGUCUCAACUGAAUGAAAUACAACAAUUGUUAACUGGUUUAAACCUUAUUGCUGUAAUUACCAACAAAGGCAAGUGCAUACUAUACACAACAAAUUACAGAAAUAGAAUCAUAUAUAUCAUAUACAGACCUACAUAUAACCUAGCUUAAACUAAAUAUGGAGCACACAAUUAAAAAGACUGAUAAAAUGUAAUUUAGCCAAUAAAUGUCUCAACAGAAUUAAACAAACAGGUUUUGCAUAUUUAAAAUAAAUAAUAAAAAAGUGUUCUAUUAAAUACAUUUACAUUUACAUUUAAGUCAUUUAGCAGACGCUCUUAUCCAGAGCGACUUACAAAUUGGUGCAUACACCUUAUGACAACCAGUGGAACAGCCACUUGCAUCUAA